AUGGACUCGGCGGCGGGCGCCAGGAACUCCUCGGGCUCCGCCAACGGCACGGUGAGCGGCGGCGGCGGCAGCGGCGGGAGCGAGUCUCAAGGCAGCAGCGCCAUCCUGAUCUCCUUCAUCUACUCGGUGGUGUGCCUGGUGGGUCUGUGCGGCAACUCCAUGGUGAUCUACGUGAUCCUGCGCUACGCCAAGAUGAAGACGGCCACCAACAUCUACAUCCUCAACUUGGCCAUCGCCGACGAGCUGCUGAUGCUGAGCGUGCCCUUCCUGGUCACGUCGACGCUGCUGCACCACUGGCCCUUCGGCUCGCUGCUGUGCCGCCUGGUGCUCAGCGUGGACGCCGUCAACAUGUUCACCAGCAUCUACUGCCUGACGGUGCUCAGCGUCGACCGCUACAUCGCCGUGGUGCACCCCAUCAAGGCGUCGCGCUACCGCCGGCCCACCGUGGCCAAGAUGGUCAACCUGGCCGUGUGGGGCCUGGCCAUCGUCAUCAUCCUGCCCAUCAUCAUCUUCUCCAAGACCGAAGCCAACACGGACGGCACGGUGGCCUGCAACAUGAUGAUGCCCGAGCCCAAGCAGAAGUGGCUGGUGGUCUUCGUGGUGUACACGUUCCUCAUGGGCUUCCUCUUGCCCGUGGUGGCCAUCAGCCUGUGCUACAUCCUCAUCAUCGCUAAAAUGCGCAUGGUGGCGCUCAAGGCCGGCUGGCAGCAGCGCAAGCGCUCCGAGAGGAAGAUCACGCUGAUGGUCAUGAUGGUCGUCAUGGUCUUCGUCAUCUGCUGGAUGCCUUUCUACGUCGUGCAGCUGGUCAACCUGUUCGUGGAGCCCGACGACGCCACCAUCAGCCAGCUGUCGGUCAUCCUGGGCUACGCCAACAGCUGCGCCAACCCCAUCCUCUACGGCUUCCUCUCGGACAACUUCAAGCGCUCCUUCCAGAGGCUGCUGUGCCUCAGCUGGAUGGACAACGCCGCCGAGGAGCCCGUCGACUACUACGCCACCGCCCUCAAGAGCAGGGCGUACAGCGUCGAGGACUUCCCCCAGGACAACUUCGGGGAGUCCGGAGGCAUGUACAGGAACGGGACGUGCACCUCCAGGAUUACAACCCUCUGA